AUGAUGACUCCUAAGAAGUCUCCUAAAUUACCCUAUUUAUCAAUAAAGCAUUAAGGAAGUAACAAAGUCCUUCUAGUGGCUAAAUCCUAAAAAUAACAAUCUAAUUUAUUUUCAAUGAAGGAUAUUUAAUCAGUAGAACAUGUUAGAAUGUCUCAUCAAAUAAAAAUAGCGAAUGAUAUAAAUAAAGAAAUGCUUUUUAGUCCAAGCAAAGAAAUUUCCUACAUGCUUACUAAUGAGACAUCAAAUGAAUAUGGAUUGAUAUAAAAUCAAAGGUCUCGCCACUCUAAUUAAUAAAUUAGCCUUAGCAGCAGUUAGAAUGUAGCAAAAUAGUUUAAUUCUAAAGUUUUGAGAUAUAAAAGUAAUGCAAAUAAUGAGGGAGAAAGAAAAAGAUCCAAGUACUAUGAAGAUUUUGAACAGUAUGAAGACUAUGAUAGAGCAGAUUUAGGAACAGCUGAGUUACAAUAGAAAACUACAGUAGAAAGGUUAAAUACUCGCCAAUUUGUAGAUUAAUUCAGACACAAGAGCAUUACUUUAGAAAAGAAAAGAAAUUUAACUAAGCAGACUUAGUAAGAGCAUGGUUCACUGAUUGAGGAGUCUUAAAGUUCACUUGAGACUGAUAACAACAUAGAAUCUGAGAAUAACAGUCCAUUAUUGAUGAAGUUUGUAAAGAGUGGAAAUAACUUACAGAAUUUACUGUAGCAUGAAAAAACACAAACUAGAAUAAAUCAGUUCUAGCUAAAUGCUGGUGGAAUAACAGUAGGAAUAGGAAACGCAUAUAUUGAGAGUGAAGGCUAAAAUAAUAUUUCAAAGAAAGCCUAACAGCGAAUGCUAAAAACUAUCACUUAGUUUAAAGUUAAUCGUAAUAUAACAGAUAUUAAUGAGGUGAAGUCGAGAUUAGAUUUAUCAAAGGUUAAAUUUCUAGACAAAGUUUCACAGCAAGAUGAAAUUGGGUAGUAAACUAGUUACUACAGAUAAGAUACACGAAGAAAUUUAGAUUUAAAAAGAGUGCCUAAGUUAGCAUAAAAAUAUUAAAGUGAGACACUUACAAGAAUCGAAAGAUCUAGAUCUAUUAAAGUUUUAAAUGAAGCUACUUAUCAUGAUAUAAAACAACUGACAUAAAAUGACAUAAUGAACUAUCAGCUCAGUGAAAAGUAACCAUAAAAAAUUAAACCUCUCUCAGAAAUUGAAUAAUAAGAACUUGAAGAUGAAUAAUUUGCACUACAUUCUAUUGAAAAUCUUAAGAGAAAAGUUAGUAUCAAGGCUAUAAUGUAGGAAAAUGCAAAAAAGUAAGAAAACUUUGAAAGGAUUUAUGAGAGGGGAAGGCCCAAAGUAUAAACAUACAUUUAAAAGCUUUAUGAAAUGAGACUUGAAAACAAAAGAAAUAGUAGGCUAGAAAAAUAGCUACGUCUUUAACCACUUAAAAUAUCCUCUUCAGAAUUAUGUUUAGAUGAAUACUAAUAGAAAAGCUAAAAUUUAACUUAAACCGCAAACUCUACACUGUCAAAGUUUUCCAAGAUAUUUAGUCCUAUCAGACACUAGAUUAAUAGUUAAGAUAAAAUGAAGCAACUCAUUAAGUAAAAAUUGUCAAAAUACACUACUCGAAUGAUGCAAAGUAAUAAGUUAUAGAGGGAAGAAAAGUUAAAAUACAAUAAGAGUAAGAUAUUAUUACAGUAAUUCUAACCAUUUAAUUUAGAAAAGUAUUAUUUCAUUUAAGAAGUAAUAAAUUGCGUAAACAAUAUGAAACAGAUGUAGAUGACAAUUGAUGAUAUAGUUAAAGGAAGAGCUAAUCCUAAAUGCCAAUUUUCUAAAGGAAACUUGUCCCGCGAAUUUUUUCAGGCAAUAAAAGAAGGAUAAGUCUAGAAAGUUUAAUAGUUUCUAAAUUAUGAUAGAUUUCUGAUAUAUGAACAUGAUAGUUUGAAAGAAACUCCUCUACAUUGGGCAGCGAAAAGGAAUUAUUCUGAUAUUGUGCAAUUGCUGAUACAAGAAGGUAGUAAAAUAAAUACCUAGGAUCUAGGUGGAAGAACUCCAUUAUUUAUAGCAUGCAAAUUUAAUCAUAUGAAUUCUGCAAAAAUGCUUUUGGCAGCUAAGGCUAAUCCAAGAAUUAGGACAUGUAGUGGAUUAGAACCGUUUGAGGCUACAACUAAUUAUAAAUUAAAAGGCUUUAUAGCAAAGGCUAAGUUGCUGCACAUUUGUUUGCCGAUGGUUCAUCAUAAGAAGAGAUAAUAAGUUUGGGAAUAUGAAGGUAUUAGAUAUUUUAUUAGCUCCGAUUCUACUCUGAUUGAUGAAUUUGUUGAUAUGAUAAAAGUUUGA